AUGCUAGCUGGACUUGACAGGAGUGCAGUUAUUUGUUAUCAGUGUCAGCAGCCCGGACAUUACAAGUCCAGUUGUCUGAUGAGAUUGUCUUCAGUUUCGUCAGCUCCGAAGGCUUGUUGUUGGUGUGGCCAGCAGGGUCACUUGAUUCGUGAUUGUCCGAGUCAGAGAGCAGGCACCAUUAGUGGCAGAGGGUCACAGCAGAGGCUGUCACAAUUGGCUACAGUUCAGUCAGGUUUCAGACCACCACCACCACAGCCUACUAUGUCUUCACAAGGUUCACGAUCAGUUAGGAGGGAUACUCCUACUAUGUUUUCUAAGGUCAAGAAUGGGCAAUGA